AUGGCGCGCAAUGAAGUUUUUGACGGCCCAAUAUCAGAAAGCAUUCCAUCCAGUGUAGUGUCAUUUGCACAUCGACGCAAUCGGACGGACUCGAUAGUCAGCUUCACUUACUUCCAGGAUGAUGAUGAUUCCAUUGAUCUGCCUAACGAAGAAGCGGUAGAUGUUGCAGGUGAGCUCGACGGAUUAGUCACAGGCGACACCAGUGAAGCAGAUGAAUCCAUCGUGUCUCACAGACCAAAGAGGCUUUCACGCUCCAGGCAUUCUGUAGAGGAUCCUCUUCUUUCCAGACAUCCACCUUCCAGUCCACAUGAUAGGGAGUGGAAAGGCGGUAGCAGACUUAAUCAGAAAGUCCAUAUUGCCUCAGAGGAUCUAACCAUUGUUAUUGCCGGCUUUUCAACCCACCUCCUAGGGUUAAUAGUCUAUUACAUGCUUUGCAUCCUGACUUUUGGUUUUGCUUAUUUGCUUCUGAGAUGGUUGCCUAGAUGGAGAGUCCGACUUAUUGGGAAGCCGACACCCAUUCGCAUAUGUGAAUGGGUUGCUAUCGAGGAUCAAUGGCAUCAGUUCGGUGUAUAUACAAUUUCUAGCGAACCAUUUGGACGUCCUCUCUCCACAAUUUUUGCGAAUACCGAAAGCUACCUUUACGACGAAGAUAACGACCCAACGGUCUCAUUUCUGAGAUACAUUGACUACCGCUACCUUCGCUUUUUUUACCAUCCAGUUGAGGACAGGCUUUGUUUGAUCAGUGGUUGGAAGGAUCCCCUGUGGACUAACACCAAAGUAAUGAGAAGUGGGCUGGAUGCAGAUGAUCGUGAUAGCCGAGCUCAAAUUUUCGGCGCCAACGUCAUCGACAUACAUCAGAAGUCAAUCGCUCAACUACUUUUAGAUGAGGCAUUCCACCCGUUCUACAUAUUCCAGAUUGCGAGUCUCAUUCUCUGGUCGAUGGACGAAUACUAUUAUUACGCCGCUUGCAUCUUCUUGAUUUCAUUGUUCAGUAUCAGUGCAACAAUCCACGAAACAAAAACAACUACGGCGCGGUUAAGUGAAAUUUCACUCUUCGAGUGCAGUACUCGUGUUCUGAGGAAUGGCUUUUGGAGAUCUGUCUCCUCUCGAGAAUUGGUACCAGGUGAUGUCUUCGAAUUCUCUGAUCCAUCAUUGAAUCAUGUCCCUUGUGAUUGUCUCUUGCUAUCAGGAGAUUGUAUCGUGAAUGAGAGCAUGCUUACAGGCGAAUCUGUCCCUGUAUCGAAAACACCAUUGACAGACACGGCCUUGAAGUAUCUUAACCUGAGUGCUCCAUCAAUUCAUCCCAAUGUUGCAAAACAUUUUCUAUUUAGUGGAACUAAGGUGAUUCGUGCGCGGCGGCCACAGAGCGUUGAUGACGACGAGGCAAUCGCCUUAGCAUUAGUCGUGAGAACGGGAUUCUCAACAACCAAAGGCGCUUUGAUCCGGUCAAUGUUAUUUCCCAAACCAUCCGGGUUCAAAUUUUAUCGGGACUCUUUCCGUUACAUCACAGUCAUGGGUUUGAUUGCUGUCUUGGGGUUUAUAGCGUCAUUCGUUAACUUCGUUCGAUUGGGUCUCUCGUGGCAUCUGAUCAUUGUCCGAGCCCUCGAUCUGAUCACAAUAGUUGUGCCACCAGCUCUACCAGCUACCUUGACGAUUGGCACCAAUUUGGCUCUAUCCCGACUAAAAAAGCACAAAAUUUACUGCAUCAGCCCACAGAGGGUCAACGUCGGGGGUAAGCUAGAUAUCGUUUGUUUCGAUAAAACGGGGACACUUACGGAGGAUGGUUUGGACGUGCUUGGUGUACGAGUUGUCGUUCAAGGCCUGGAGUCGGUAUCCUUCCAUAUGGCUGGUUGCCAUGGGCUCACUGGCGAACACAGAUUUUCUGAUCUAAUGACUGAUUUGGUCUCCGCAUCCUCUACUUCUCGAUCUUAUAUCGCGAACGAUGACCACCUCUCGCCUCAUGAGAGCAUACUACAUGCAAUGGCAACGUGUCACUCAUUGAGGGUUGUUGAUGGGGACCUAUUGGGAGAUCCUCUUGAUGUAAAAAUGUUCCAGUUCACUGGUUGGCUAUAUCAAGAGAACGGCGGGCUCUCAAUGGAAUCUCAGCAGUCCAAAUAUGAAACCAUUAUGCCGCCCAUUGCAAGACCGCCAAUCCGAGUUGCUGGCGAUAGUGAUCAAGCCGAAGCCAACCAUAUUUCACUAAUAGAACUCGGUAUAUUGAGGAAUUUUGAGUUCGUAUCGCAACUUCGCCGCGCGAGUGUCGUUGUUAGACAGUUCGGAGCCGAUGGUGCGAGCUUCUAUGUGAAGGGCGCACCAGAAAGUGUGAAACCCAUCUGUCGUCCAGAGAGCUUACCGCAUGACUUCGAUGAUCUCUUAAGUCACUACACCCAUAAAGGCUAUCGCGUCAUAGCAUGCGCUGCUCGAUACGAACCAAAAUUGAGCUGGAUGAAAGCACAGAGGUUGACACGAGAUGAUGUUGAAUGUGAUUUGGAGUUUAUUGGUUUCAUUAUCUUUGAAAACAAAUUAAAACCUAGGACCGCUGAAACAAUAGCUGAACUGAGUCAUGCAGGAAUUCGAAAUGUCAUGUGCACAGGUGAUAACAUACUUACAGCAAUCAGUGUUGCCCGCGAGUGUGGUUUGAUCAAUUCAGACCAGCUGUGUUUCAUCCCAAGAUUUGUGGAUGGUCACCAUCACGAUUCUGGAUCUAGUUUGUCCUGGGAAUGCGUUGACAACCCAGCACUGAAGCUUGACCCACACACUCUCUUGCCUUCAUUGACCUCAACAAAUAUGGACCUUUCAGUGCCUUUGAAUGCCUGCAAUGUCCAGCAAUUUUCGUUGGCAAUCAGCGGAGAUGUCUUUAGAUGGAUUGUUGACUUCGGCAGUGACAUUAUUCUCAAAAGGAUGCUUGUUCGAGGAAAUGUGUUUGCAAGAAUGUCUCCUGAUGAGAAGCAUGAACUUGUCGAGAAACUCCAGUCCAUCGACUACUGUUGUGGAUUUUGCGGUGAUGGUGCAAAUGAUUGCGGCGCUUUAAAAGCUGCAGAUGUUGGCAUUUCUCUCUCUGAUGCUGAAGCAUCUGUGGCUGCACCUUUUACCAGCCGUCAAUUUGAUAUAUCUUGCGUUCCACAACUUAUCAAGGAAGGUCGUGCUGCCUUGGUAACAAGCUUUUGUUGCUUCAAGUAUAUGAGUCUUUAUUCUGCAAUUCAGUUCUCAAGCGUCAGCUUUUUAUACACAUCAGCAUCGAAUCUUGGCGACUUCCAAUUUCUCUUCAUUGAUCUAGCACUCAUCUUGCCGAUUGCCAUCUUUAUGGGCUGGACCGGCCCUCAUCCUGUGCUUUCUCGCAAGCGACCAACUGCCAAUCUCGUAUCACGAAAAGUCUUAACACCGCUAUUGGGACAGAUUCUGAUCUGCGUCCUUACGCAAUUCGUGGCAUUCAAAACUGUCCAGUGGCAGCCAUGGUUUGAGCCUCCGAAAAAGAAUUCCAAUCAUAGCAAUAUUGAAAAUUCCGAGAAUACCACCUUGUUCCUGGUCUCGACGUUUCAAUAUAUACUGAUGAGCGUCGUUCUCAGCGUGGGGCCGCCGUUUAGGAUGGCAAUGACGACCAACAGACCAUUGCUUAUUACAAUUGUCGCAGACUUAACCGUCUCAGGCUACAUGCUUUUCGAUCCAGCCAAGUGGGUGACCAAGGUCAUGCAACUGACUUUUAUAUCAAAGGCAUUCGCGUCUUGGCUAUUUACACUUGCCAUCAGUACGUUUUUCCUUUCGUGGAUCGCGGAACGCAAAUUAUUUCCCAGCUUGUCUCGAACCGUUGGUCGUCUCAAACCGCUGCUGCAGCCUGGUUAUCACAAGCAGCGCCGCCAAUACAAAGUGCUACUUGAUGAAAUGCGGCAAUGA